AGGUCAUUAUAUUUCAACUCAUCAACAACCCUUGUGCCGCCAAUACCUGUUAACAAUUCCCAAUGGUUUCGCUUGCUUAAUUCUAUCAGAUUUUGCUGUUUGAGCUACUUAACCUUCAAUUCCCAAAGGUUUCGCUUCCUUAAUCCCCCUUGCAACUACCCUAAAAGCUUCUGUUCGCGUUCAUUCUUGCAAAUAGUCGAUAACCUCAGGAGCAAAGUAUGAAAGAGCUCGUGACUUUUCAAGUUGGGAGUUAUGCUAAUUUCAUCGGUUCUCACUUUUGGAACUUUCAGGAUGAAUUGCUGGGAUUGCUUGAAGACCCCCAGUCUCACUUAAUCUUUAAGAAUCAAAACCUUGAUAUGGAUGUUCUCUACCGAACUGGCGAGACUCAACAGGGCAUACCCACUUACACGCCUCGCUUGAUUUCGGUUGAUUUUCAAGGAUCUCUUGGAUCUAUGAGUUCACGUGGUACAUUGUACAACCAUAAUCCAUCUCCAUCAUCUGGUGUUGCCACAUGGACGGGAAAUGUUUCAACUCAAGCGUCUGAACCUCAUAAAAAGAAUCUGUUCUUGCAAAGGCUGUAUGAUGAAGGGCAGGAGAUAAACGAGAGUGAGAUAUUGGAUACAGAUGUAGUUAAGUCUCUCGAGGACGGCGUUCAAUACUGGACUGAUUUUUCAAAAGUUCAUUAUCAUCCACAAAGUUUAUUCGAAUUAAACGGGUUAUGGAUGGAUCCUAAAGAGUUUAACAACUAUGGUAUUGGAAGAAAUACAGUAUCCGAGGGUCUACAAGGCGAUGAAAUUAAUGAAAGACUUCGUUUUUUCAUGGAAGAAUGUGAUCAUGUUCAGGGAAUUCAAUUUAUGGUUGAUGAUUCAGGAGGAUUUUCUGGCGUAGCUGCGUCUCUUUUGGAGAAUAUUGCAGACGAGUACACGAAUGUUCCUGUUUUGUUGUUUUCUGUUAGAAGCCCUAAUUACUAUAAUACCCUCACAAGCCGAAAACUUUCCAUCACCAGUAAUCUUCAUGAUGCAGUGUCGUUUUCGGCACUAUCGUCCUUAUGCAAAUUGAUUGUUCCCGUGGGCUUACCAUCACUUAAUGAAAGCAGGGUUUCACAAUACCUUAAUGUAGAAGACGUAAAACUCUAUCAGUCUAGUGCGGUUUAUGCGUCUGCAAUACACUCUAUCAAUCUCCCUUUCCGGAUGAAAAAAAUGGGCCCCACUGGUGAAUCGUCAAACGAAUCUGGUGCGAUGGAUUUAUACGAAUGCAUACAAAUGUUAGCAGGGCAAGGCAGGCAAAAUACUGUUGCUAUUCUUGAUGCUGCAAUGCCACCACCGUCAAUGACUGGUAAACGGUUCCAACAACCUUUGUUAGGAAACUUGCAUCCACUAACCCCGGAAACCGCACACGAUGUGGAUGACUCGCAAGCCAUUGAAACCAUGAUAGUGCAUGGAGCCCUUGGAGCUGGAGAGAAAGAGGUAUCGGUUUCUGAAGUGAGAGAAGCCGUUGAAACAGAAUACGAGAACACAUCAUCAACAAGGCCUAGAUUCUCUCAUUUAUCAGUGUCACGCUGUCCUCUUCCAAUCCCGUUACCUUUCCCUUCCAUCUUUAACAACCUUGUCGGCAGGCGUGGUGAUUUGUUAUCGAAUAGCCCCACCGUAUCAGAAUCUCCUUCAAGGAGGGGACCACUUGAUGUCCACUCAAUCCCUAUGGCAGCUAGAUUGCGGUCCAGCACUGCUGUUUUACCAUUCUUGGAAAAUAGAUUGGGGUACAUUCGUAAAUUUGGCAUUGAAAGAGGAUCGAUAGGUGCCAACGUGCUUACAAGUUGGGGUUUUGGUAGGGAAGAAAUUGAAGAUAUUGGUGAAAAUCUUUCCAAGAUGGUUUUGGCACUUAAUCCUCAACAAGAGUAUUCCUCUGAUGAUUCUGAUUGAGUUUGGUUUGUAUAAUAACACUAUUCCAGAUAUUGUAUCCGUGGAAUUGGAUUUCUGAAAAAAAAUGGUGAUUUUAGUUGAA